GUGCGGGUGGCUUGGGCCCUGCUGCUGCGAAGCUAUACCUCUCUGGAUCACAUCUGCUUCGAGCUUGCCACGAGCACAAGGAGGCAAUUCGAGUUGUACGAUUGCCACAUCACCGGCACGACUACGCUUAAAGACCUUCUGCACGAGAAGGAGCGAGGUGAGAGAGAGGAGUGCUCCUGUGAGGGCUCGGAGUCUCUGUGCAGGGACGAUGGCGGAAACCACCAUGAAGUCUGUAACACUAUGAUCGCUGUUGAGGUGGACGGCGAGAUGCAGGAUCAACUAAGGGAAUCUGCGAGCACGCAGUCCAAGCUGGUUGUGAAGAUCAUUUCCAGCCAUGGCCAUCCGGCCUUCUUAACAGCGAUUGAUUUUGACCCUAUGAGCUGGUCUCGUCAGCAAGUCAAGGCAUUGGCUCAGACUUUCCACCACGCAAUAUCGGCUGUCAUUCGAGACCCCGAGCAACAAGUGGGAAACAUGGAUUUGUGCAGUGAAGAGGAUGUCGAACGUAUGGCUAGAUGGAAUAUGCCUUUCAGGAGGACCUCCGUCAAUGACCAAUGCGUGACGGAGAUCGUUCUGCGCUCUUGUCGCGAACGACCAGAAGCCAUCGCAAUUUCAGCUUGGGACGGGGAGGUCACAUACGGUGAGCUAGAGCGGCUGAGCGCUAGGCUUGCCACUAAGCUGAUCAGAAUGGGCGUUGGCCCCGAGGUGACCGUUCCCAUACUUACGGAAAAGUCAAAAUGGUUAGUGGUCGCGGCCUUGGGCGUGAUGCGUGCGGGUGGUUCCUUCCUCACGGUGGAUGUAUCCAAUCCAUUCGAGCGUAUUAGAAAGAUGAUUGAGACCGUUUCUGCGCCACUUGUCGCGUGUUCGCGCGGUUGCGAGUCGCUAUCCCGUCGCUUGACCCCGACAGCCGUGAUCAUUGAAGACGCUGCGACCUCUCUCGACCAGGACAUUGACGACAGAGCUCUGCAGCAACAACAGGAGCGAUCGUCACCUUCAAAUGCUCUGUACGUGGUCUUCACAUCGGGGAGCACGUCGGAACCGAAGGGUCUAGUACUUGAGCAUAGGGCAUUCUGCGCCUCGGCUCUGGCAACGAUAGGACCGCUGAUGCUGGGACCAGACACCCGCCGCGUACAAUCUGCCGCGAAUGGGUUUACCCUGUGCAACCGCGAACUUCUGCUCAUGCCUAUGGUGGGAGGUUGCCUUUGUAUUCCCUCUGAUAACGACAUACGUACGGACCUGGCAGGGUUCAUCAACCGCCACCGUUGCAACUAUGCAUUCUUGACGCCAGUUUUGGUGGACGUUGUGAAGCCACUUGAUGUCCCGACCCUUCGUGUGCUCUUACUUGGGGGGACAACAAUUGGCAUGUCCCAGGUGAAGGAGUGGGCAAAGCAUGUGCGUGUGAUGUACGGGUAUGGGGCAACUGAAACGGCCGGGGUUGCCAUACUAGCUCCUGACUUUGGGCCAGGUUGGGAUGAACGCAGCGUCGGGUAUGCCUGUGACCCUUGCUUGUGGGUCGUAGAUGUGGAUGACCCGAACCGUUUGGCACCUGUCGGAGCCGUUGGGGAGCUUGUGCUUCAAGGAAAGGGUCUCGCAAGGGGGUAUUGGGGCGACGAGGAGAAAAGUCGUCUCGUGUUCAUGAAGUCAGCCGACUGGCAAACCCGAGUCACUCCGUACGGAUAUGGCAGUUUCCGAGAGCGCCUUUACCGCACUGGAGAUUUGGUACGGUACAAUCUGGAUGGGUCUAUCCAGUACAUUUCACGAAAAGAUAGCAUGAUUAAGGUGAGCGGCAGGAGGGUGGAUCCCGGGGAGAUUGAGCAUCACCUCACCAAGUGUCCGGAGCUCGUCAGUCGCGGUGUGCGAAAGGUUGCUGUCAUUACAGUAGACGGACUCAAGCAUCGUGGGAAGAUUAUGCGGGCGCAACUCGCUGCGGUCAUUGAACAUAGCUCAAGCUCAGCGCAGGGCCCAAAAGUACAGAAAGCUGGGGCGUUAGCCAUGGUUCGAUGUGAUUUCAAGUGCGAAUUGGCAACAGCAGCCAAGAAGUAUCUGAUGACCCGUGUCCCUGGAUAUAUGAUGCCACCUCACUUUUUCCUCGUCGAAGAAAUGCCGCUGAACAGGUCAGGGAAGUUUGAUAGGUUUCGGCUGAAAUCGGUGGUAUCUGAGACGCUAACCGCAGCCAACGAGGAAUAUCCCGAGCCAGAGGAUUCAUGUCCGACCCCGAUGGCCAUUUCAACAAGGGCAAACUUGUUGCGGAAAUUGAUAGCUCAGGUCCUUAAGCUUCCUCAAGAUGCGGUCCGAGCCGACAGCAAUUUCUUCGCAAUCGGAGGAGAUUCAAUAACCUCAUUUCAGCUGGCUUCGCUCGCAGGAAGAGAAGGUCUUCAUUUGACAGAAGAUACCAUUCUAAACUGUCCAAUCUUGUCCGACAUGGCCCAGGCAUCGAGGCCAAAACCUUCACAUAAUGGGCGCCAGGCAACGCGGACGAGCUCUGGCAAAGAGCAAUUCGCUGCUGCUCAGAAUGAAGGAUUGCGUCGACUAGUACCGGCGGAGCUAUCUUAUUUGGUGCUCAAGAUGCUGCCCCUUGCCGACUUUCAACAGACGAGCUUGACAAUGAUGAACUACCGGUAUUUCCGGUUUGGCCUGCCCUUGAACUUCGAUCGGAGCCGGGUCAUCCGUGCUUGUCAGCAGCUCAUUGCUCGGCAUACAAUUCUGCGAACGGCCUUUGUCUCUCAAGACGGAGAAUAUGCUCAGGUAGUGUUGAAAGACUGGCCGCUGACAAUUCGUGACUUCGAAACGGAUGAUCUGGACCGAUAUUGUUCGGACGACAAUGCUGUCGCAGAGAGUCCCUCAAGUGGUAGACCGCCCUUUGUUUCGCAGUUGGUGACUCUCAAGCAAACGGGCGACGUGUUUCUCGUAUUCCGGAUUGCCCAUGCGCUCUACGACGGGCUUUCUGCCUCCGUCCUCGUCGGUGACUUUGCCGCUCUUUACAACGAGAAGCCAUUGCCUGCGACAAGCCCAUUCUCCGCUCACCAGCAAGCAGUGCUGGGGCUACAGACGGACGUUGCGUAUAAUACUUGGCGAAAGGUCCUGCAGGGAACCCGGAUGACUUCACUACGCGAGCACAGACUUCCUAUCCCCGGGCCAGAGGGCAGUACUGCACGGCCGGCAUAUGUGGUUAAUGUCGUGAAGACAAUCCCUGCUGUUUCCUUGCCAUCCGGGAUCACCCUAGCCAGCUUGCUGAAGGCGGCAUGGGCUGUCACGCUUCUCCGGUACUUUGCUUCGCAAUCUGAGAGCUCUGGGGUUGUCGUCUUCGGACAAGUUGUGCACGGACGGAAUGUCAAUGUGGCCCAUGCGGACCGCAUCCUCGGCCCUUGUAUUAGCAUUGUCCCUGUCUCCGUCUUGUUUGAGCCGAUGGCCUCCAAAACUGCGGUCCUUCACGCGAUUCAGCAGCAGCACCUCGAGACUAUGCCCUACUCCGCAUUGGGAUAUCGAGACAUCGUGAGGAACUGCACGAUCUGGCCCACGCCCACUCCUCUCGCCAGCUUCGUGCGUGUCCGCAAUUAUGAAUUUCCGACUGACUGCUGGCUCGAUGGAGUCCAGUGCCACGCCAGCCACUAUCCCCUGCCCAAUAAUCCUUCACAGGCUGCCAAUGUGCAUAUUAUUCCUGAGGCGAAUCUACUGCAUGUGAACAUCGCGAUCUCGAGUCACAUCCUUAGUGAGCCGCAGGUCGAGUACCUGGUUGGGGAGUAUUGCCAGACGAUUCAA